AUGGCUUCAGACAGUCGCACACAGCCACCAUGGAUCGCCCCUCAAUCCCGACCGGACGUCCAGCUGCCGCGACUGAAGAUCUACAAUAGCCUGACAAGGAGUAAGGAUGACUUUGUCCCACUCGAUCCGAUAGGAAAGACGGUGACGUGGUACGGCUGUGGCCCGACUGUGUAUGAAGAUGCCCAUCUGGGCCACGCGAAGAAUUACGUCUCGACCGACAUUAUUCGCCGUAUAAUGAAGGACUACUUUGGCUUCCGUGUCAAAUUCGUUAUGAACACGACCGAUAUCGACGACAAGGUCAUCCUCCAUGGUCGCCAGCAGUACCUGCUUGCGCGCUUCAAGCAGGAGCAUGCCGCUGAGGACGAGUCGGUGAGCAAUUCCGUAUUGGCAGUGGCCAAAGCCGCAUUUCAGCACUACAUUAGCAAGAACCUUCCAUCUCUGCCCUCAGAUACGAACCCAGAAAACUUUUCUGAGGUAGCGGACAAGAUCGAGGCUCCACCUCUGGCCGACGCCGCGAUAGUAAAAGAGGACCAAGCAGUUACUGUCGCCGAUUUACUGCUGAGAGCACACAUUGGAACGGCACGAUCAGCUGCUGAGGCUCUGCAAACCCCAGGACAGCUGCCUGGUUUUUUUGCCAAGACGGGCGAUAUUUUGCUCCCAUAUCUCGAUGCCUUGCAUGGGGCAGAGAUGGACUCCAAUAAUCACAAGGUGUACCUGGCGCUGGGCCAGAAAUUCGAACACCGCUUCUUUGAGGACAUGAAUUCGCUUAAUGUCCUGGCUCCCGACCAGCUAACUCGUGUGACAGACUAUGUCCCUCAGAUUGUCCGCUUCGUUGAGAAGAUUGUGGCGAAUGGUUUCGGUUACGCUACCACUGACGGCUCCGUAUAUUUCGAUAUCGACUCGUUUGAGAAGGCCGGGCACAACUACUCCCGCCUAGAACCGUGGAACAAGAACGACCGUGCCCUUCAAGCCGAUGGUGAAGGCUCACUGUCCAAGGGAAGGUCAAUGAAGCGGGGCGAUAAUCAUUUUGCGUUGUGGAAAGCUAGCAAGCCGGGCGAGCCAGCAUGGCCGAGUCCAUGGGGUUACGGGCGGCCGGGAUGGCAUAUUGAAUGCUCUGCAAUGGCCUCCGAAGUGAUCGGGAAGACGAUAGAUAUCCAUUCCGGAGGUGUCGAUCUUCGUUUCCCUCAUCAUGAUAACGAACUCGCACAAUCGGAGGCUUACUGGUCGACUCCGGGCCACCAAGUACAGUGGACAAAUUACUUCAUUCACAUGGGGCAACUAAGGAUUCGGGGCUUGAAGAUGAGCAAGAGCCUCAAGAACUAUACAACCAUCAGAACUGUUCUCUCCGAAAAGGAAUGGACUGCACGUUCUCUUCGAAUUUGCUUUCUCCUUAUGCCUUGGCAGGAUGGUAUUGAGGUAACAGACGAACUUAUGAAAGCCGUGGUCAGCUGGGAAGGCAAGUUCAAUGACUUCUUUCUGAAGAGCUUAAACCUCUGGGAACAUCCCAGUCCUAAGACUACAGCAAUGCAACAGCUUAACGUUGCUGACCAGCAAUUAUUAACCGCCCUAGAUAAGGCAAAGGCCGAUGUCGAUACAGCUCUUUGCGAUUCCUUCAAUACCUCAGCUGUCAUGGGAAUACUGUCUGAUCUUGUUACCCAGUCUAACUCCGCAGAGGCACUUUCAGAUCAGACGGUCAUAUUGCUCGCGCGGUGGGUAACACGCAUCAUCACCAUAUUUGGUCUGGAUUCCGAGGGAGAUCUUAACGACCUAGACCGUAUAGGGUGGUCGGGUCUGAAUAUUCCCAUGCCAGCAAAACCAUAUAUCUACCCUACAUCUCAAUUGCGCGACAAGGUGCGAACCAUGGCCUGUUCCGGCUCGGUUGAUCAUACAGCUAUAGCGAAGCUCGCUGAUGGAAUUACGAUCGCGGCGCCAAUACCAGUGGCCGAGGCCUCUAGACCAUACGAUCAGGUGCUACAGCAGUUCCGCACCAAUGUCAUGGUCCUCGCGACCCAGCAAGCGCCAGCGAAAGACCUGCUCGCCUUAACCGAUCAGCUCCGCGAUGUGCACCUCUGGAAUCUAGGCAUCUAUCUCGAGGACCGGAACAGCCCCAAGCCCGCUCUGGUACGACCCGUCGAUAAGUUGCUCGUAGAGGCGCGCGCGGAGCAGGAAUCAGCUGGAACUGCGAAGGCGAAGGCCAAGGUGGAACAGGAGGCUAGGAAGGCUGGGAUGGACAAGGAGCUGCGCGAGCGCUCCACGGUUGACCCCCUGCUAAUGUUCAGGACCUCAGACGAAUACGUGGAAUGGGACGAUAGCGGCAUCCCCACAAUGGAUGCAACAGGGAAUUUGGUGUCCAAGAAUAGGCGCAAGAAGCUGGUUAAAGAGUGGGAAAGGCAGAAGGUGAGGUACGAGGAAUGGCUGGCGACGCAGCAGGCAGCAUAG